GGGCCGGCGUAGCGCGGGGAUCUGCUCCGAGCCGCCGCCGGCCCUUUAAGGCGGCGGCUGACGUGCUGGGGACGGGCGGGGCGGAGUGCCGGCAGGCGGAAGCGGCGGGCGCCACCUCAGCGGGGCCGCGGAGCUGGGCGCCGGCCGGGAACAUGGCGGGCAUCAAAGCUCUCGUGGGGCUGUCGUUCAGCGGAGCCAUCGGGCUGACCUUCCUCAUGCUGGGCUGCGCCCUGGAGUACUACGGCGUGUACUGGCCUAUGUUUGUCUUAAUAUUUUACUUCAUCUGCCCCAUUCCCCACUUCAUCGCAAAAAGAGUGAGUGACGACAGCGACGCAGCCAGCAGUGCCUGCAGGGAGCUGGCGUAUUUCUUCACCACUGGAAUUGUGGUCUCCGCCUUUGGGUUUCCCAUAAUCCUGGCACGGGUCGAAGCGAUCAAAUGGGGAGCCUGUGGCCUGGUGCUGGCUGGCAAUGCAGUCAUUUUCCUUACUAUCUUAGGCUUUUUUCUUGUGUUUGGUAGAGGAGAUGACUUUAGCUGGGAGCAGUGGUAGGACCUCACCCUGACGCUGGUAACGUUUUGCAGCGUACAUCACCGCGUGUAGCCUCUGUGUGUGUAUCUGUGUCUGUAUUGCAGCAUAUGUGUGUGUGCACGCCGAGGCGUACGUGUGUGCAUAUGCAUGUAAUGUAGUUUUCCAUUAUCAGAUCAUAACAUGCUUUUUAAAAUGUCAGCCGAGGGGGAAGGGCCUUUGCGACAGCUCUCUUAACGUGUUCAGUAAAAGUUGGGAUCACCCUUGCAAAUUUGUCCGCAAAGAAGUUUGCAAAACUGUUUUACUCAUUUUUUUCAGUAUAUAUGCAUUAAUUUCUGCUCUAAUCAGAGUAGUAUCAUUGUAUGAGAUGUUGGUCAGCAUGUCUGUGUUUUGUUUUUUUUAACCAUGUAAUCAAAAUAGGUCAAUAGAAAGAUUAUCCUACUUACUGUUGUUCAACUUGAUUGCCUUUCUACUUUGAUUAUGGAUAAAUGAGUACUUGCUUUCCAUUUGAGUAAUUGUUAUUCUAGUUGGUUUUCCUCAUAACAAAAAAAUAACAAACAUAAGUUAUGCGAACUCUUUUAUUGCCUAACGAAAAAAAAAGAAAAAAAAUGGUUAAAAAUGCUCCCUUCCAUUUAUGGUGUUCAUUUAUAAACUACUUCCCCCCCCCCCCAAAGAUACUCUUGAUUUGUCCCUCUUCAACUUAAUGACUGUAGAUGUAUUUUGGGAAUAAUCUAACGUAUUUUAAUGCUUAGAGCUGACAUUACUUCUCUCGAAGGUUCACGGAGGAAGAAACUACUCUCAGGACACUUACAAUCACAACACAGCAUACAACUCUAUUCCUAUGUGUAAAAUGCUUAAAUCGCAAAGAAGUGAGUGUUCUGCUGGGUAGGACUUACCUCCUCAGUUCUCAUUGCUUUUAAAACGUACUUAAACUACUUUUCUUGUCUGUAAGAGAAGAUCAUUAUAUUAAAACUAUAUUUUUCUGAUGGCAUUAUCUUACUAAACAUUCACAUAAAGUUUACAUUUAUAAGUGAGAUUGUUACUAUUUUGUCUUGCUGAAUCCUUUGAAUUCUGGAAGCGUGUAACUUUACACAAAUGCAUUCCGAUACAACCCUAAGUCUAGAAGACUUUUCAGUAGUCUACAAAGGGAUAAAAGAAGAGACACAUAGACACGUUAGUUUAUUAUUCCGUAGGAAAAUAGACAUAAGGAGAUUCCUGUUCUGUGAAGUAAGAAACUGAAUUCCCACGUGGGGUAUGUUUUACUGUUGAGUUCUUUAGAUUAGCAGAUUGCAAGUGAGUAUUUUAUAAUUCACGUUAGCUCACAGCUGACUGCUGUCACCCAGCAUUAACUGUAAGGGACCUUGUGCAAAGAGGUAACAGAAUCGACUCUACGAGAUGUGGCAGCUUCACUGAUGCAAUGGUUUCUGCCUACUAAAUUGUAUGGAACUACUUAUGAUGCUCUCCAAACUCCCUCAUUACUGGUGUACUGCAAAACAGAGUCCUGUGGAUUGCUGCACAGAGCAAAGCUUAACAGAUUAAUGAAUGUUACGUGAGCACUCUGAUACUUGGUCUUUUGUUCACUCUCAGGGCCCUAGGAAAGAAACAAAAACCAGGGUAUAAAAGUCAUUCUGGGGACCAAGUAACGUAGUAGCACUCCCAACAGGAAUGUGGAGUGUUGUGUUUCAGGAAGGUAAAUAAUUCUUGUAUUUGAUUAGAUAGAAAGCUGUUAAUUACAUGCUUUAAAUGCAAACUUCAGGUGUGUAUAAGGCGAACGCUUCAGUGCUGAGGAAUGCCGAGGAGCUCUAGUUUAUUCUGAAGUGUGCCUUAAGCUGUCAUUCCAGUAAAAGAAGAGUUAACAGUAGAGGACAAGUUUUUUUUCUGAAAGUUAAUGCUUCCUCACAGAUAAAGCAGGAACAUGCCUGUAAAGAUGCUGGGUGUAAACGAGUUGUCUGCCAGUUUCUUCUUCCUCACUUCAAGUGAAAUCUGCUGCGUCCUACUGAUUUGUAAAGUACUAUUGGGGAAACUAUUUGUUCUAGUUAUGAGCUGAGUUGUUGAGAGCAAGCACAGUUUCUACAUAGAGGUCCUACUUUAAUUUUUGAAGAAGUCACUUUUUUCUCCUAAAUCACGGCAUUUUUCAUUCAAGUGGGUGAAGUGAAACCAACAGUAAUACACAAACGAAGUGCCUGAUUCUACCCAAACCUGAAGUCAUUGCGAAUCGUUCCAUUUAACUCCUGUUAAAAUACCUGGGCUUGCAGCAGGUUCUGGAGUAUUUUCACUCCUCAGAAUUUAUGGACCGAUGGCUGUGGUAGAAGUCUACAGAACUAUUCGGUUACCACUGAAAUUUUGCUUUUGAGACAGUGGAGUAAAAGCCAGCUGACAUUAAUUUUUCUUUAAAUUAGAGAACAGUUACUGUAGAAUCUGUUGGCAAAUGGUGUGUGUGUGUGUGUGGCAGAUACAGGCAGCGAGCAUGUGACAAUCUGAAGUGAAAAGGAGGACUAGAAAUAGUAGUACAUGGUUAAGGAGGGGUUGCUUCUUUGACGAAUUAUGCUGUUGUACUGUAUUUACUUUGGAUAUUACUGUGGUUGGUGGGUACCUCAUGAAAUGGCAGGUAGAUAUUGAAUGAAGAAAGCAAACGCUUCUCUUUUGAUGCAGCUACGUGCACUAAUACUUAAUGUGAACUUCAUGCAGAUUUCAUCAUGGACUUCUGUUUUAAAUUGUUUAACUUUUAAAAUUAAUUUUAACAAUGUUUAAACGGUGGAAUUCUUCCUUGAACUCCUUAGAAGUAAAUUUCCUUGAACGAGUUUUCAAUGUUUAAUUGUCAGGGUAAAAAAAAAUCUCAAUGCUAGCUUCACUCAUUCACACAAACCUGGUGCUCUGAUGGCCAGUACUGGGCAUGCCGUCACUAUCUACCAGUAGCAAUUUCCUGUGGUUUCUCUGAAAUUGUUUUCAUACGUGGAAGUGAAUAUUAUGUAUCCAAAGUGCCUUAAUUACAAUACUGUGCUGAUUUUGUGAACGCUUAUACAUGGAAAGAUCGUUAUUUCAUAAGCAGCUGAAAAUGUUAUUGCAUUUUUAUAAAGCUUCCUUGUCAAUUAAUCAUACUUCCUGGAACUCAGAAUGCAGUGCAGCUUUUGUAACUUGUAAACACUAUUCUUAUUUUUCUGUGAUCGCCAGGUUCUCGAGAUGAAGUAUUAAGACACAUCCUACUUUUCUUUUUGUUUUGUCUAAUAAAACUGAGUAAACAGA